AUGGUGAUAGACACCUGGGAUACAGGAAACCCGGAUAGAUACAGCUGUACCUGUACUGUUACACUGGAUACAAAAUCACAACCAUCUACAUCAACAACAACAAUAACAGUACAGGAGUAUCCGGGAGUAGAACCUUUGUCUUAUUGUGGCAGUAGUCUUCAUAUUACAUCUACUAUAUCUAGUGGAUUUUCUCGGUUUGGUUGUUUCCCAAUCCCUGCUACUGCUUUAAACAACUUUGGGACGACGGACAUGUUGAAUCUGACGCUAUCAAGGGCGGACAACAGUACACAUUGGAAGUCUGGGCACUGUAUCUAUAUAAAAUCAGCAACGACGACGACGACGACAACGCCAUCACCAACAACAAGUACAACAACGUCACCAUCGACAUCUUCCAGUGUUGGAACAGCUUCACCAACUGUUAGUUCAUCACGAGGCGCUACUGACGAGACAACAGUUGUGGGGCUACAAACAGGAGGAAAUGAGGAUAAAGAUUCUAAUAUUGGGAUCAUUGCUGGAGCAGCCGGUGGCGGAGCAGCACUACUGAUCAUCGUCAUAAUCAUCGUCAGUGUCAUCAUUAUCAGGAAAAGGAGACCAGAAAAUAAACAGCCAAUUGUCUCAGAAAACGGGUCCAGUGGUAGUAGAAAUGGGGGUCCUUCUGAUGACAUGCAGCCAUACGCCAACACUGGAACAAUGAAGCGAUAUGUAAACGAAGAUAAGGAUACAAUAACACACAACUUACUCUAUGAGUCUGCCGGACCUCGAGAUCCGCAAGAAAAUCACAUAGUCACGCGGACAGGGGACUUGUACGCUCAAGUGCAAAAGCCAGUGAAACAUUCAACUGUAGAUCCUGAUGAAACGCAAAACUUAGAACUAGAGGAAUCCCCGAAAGGUGAUGUUUAUGCUGUCGUCAGAAAGUCCCAGGAACAACCGAAGACCGACGUGACGGAUCGUUGUCAACCGUCUAGGUAUACAAAUCCGGAAGGUUUAGUGUACGCAGAGGUGGAUGUCCAGGACAGAACGUCACGUCCGGAAUCACGUGUGAAGCUACGCCCACCUGUCAUCAGCCCCAAACCGAAAUUAUCAAAAUCGGAGAAUGUUGCAUACGCUGAAAUAAAAACAAAUGUUUGA